AUGGCGGACAACUCGCCCGCCGAUCCCAUGGCUGCGGCUACGAGUGCCCUGAUGAGCUCAAUCCAGGGUUACGUCCGCGCCGCCAUCGCCGCGGAGGCGGCCAACGCCCCGCCUCGGUCCGAUUCGGCCCUCCAGACCCGCCUGGACUCCGUCAUCCACGAGAACACUGAGCUCAAAGACAAGCUCAAACAGAUUGAGAGUAAGAAGACCGCUCAAUGCCCUUCCAAGCGCAAUAUUCUUUAUUUUGUUCCAAGAUCAACGUUCAGUACUAACACCGACCAAGCAGAUGAGCGAGACACUAUCAAGGCCGCCUUCUCGUCCUACAUCGGCGUCGCCCUCCCCGAGUCAAAGCUCUCUCGCCACCUGCGCCCCAAGACCCCCAAGUUCUCACAGUUUAGGAACUUCCCCGUCGAGAUCCGUAUGAAGAUCUGGAAGCUCGCCCUCCCCACCGGCCGCGUCUUCGACCUCUCCAUGGGCGACGGCCACCUUUCCCGCGUCCUGCGCGCCACCGCUCCGAACCCCAACGGCGGCCCUAACCCGGCCGUGGCCAUGCGUCAGGCCUCGGGCCUCGCCGAAAUGAGCGUCACCGCUCACAAGACGCCCAAGCUCCGCCUAGCCUGCAAGGAGGCCAACCGCGCCUUCCUCGAGGCCGGCGGCUUCGAGUUCGGCCUCUUCGGCGGUACUUACAAGGGCCUCUGGUUCAACUACACCGAGGACAUCCUCUUUGUCCGCGAGGAGCCCCGCGCCUGGACCAACCUCGACAUGUCACGCAUCAUCCGCGUUGCGUUUCCCCACACGAGGUUCAUGAGUAAGGCCGACGUCACCUCCAAGAUGGACUUGAUCCUCGACCACUUCACCUCGUGCAAGGAAAUCAUCCUUAUGCAGACCAUGGAGUGGGAUAUCCGGUCGUGUCUGACGAGCCCGCGCCUCCCGGCCAAGCUGUUCCCGCUGGGGACGCAGGACCCCAUCGGCGCGCACGACUACCCCAAGGAGCUGUCGAACGAGAUAGGAAACGUCGCCGCCUGGGGCGACGUGAAGCGCGUGGUUGAGCAGAUUUGCAGGGAGCACAUCAUGGACGUAAAACGCCUGAGCCCAGGUCGGGUUCCCAAGUUCACCGGCAUGGAGAUGGUGAGGGCUCGUCCGAGCUACUUUGACUAG